AUGUUACCUCGCUCUGAUGAUGUCCGUCAUGUGAUCCGGAAUCGAAGGAGAUUGCCUCGGCAACAGCGUCAGUAUGAUUGUUCCAGUAAAGCCAAUCGACAGCUGGUCAAGAGGAAUCCGCCGUCGUCUUCUGGUGGAACCGACCAUCGAAUCUCUUCACCCUCGACACUUUCACUCGAAAUGGAAGUAAGCUCAACAAAUAUUUUAGUCGUAUUUUCCUUUCAAUUGUACAGAAGUAGCCCGACCUCAUUUUCACUACUUGCUCGUGCUAUUGUGGCGACCUAG